AUGUCAAAAUACUUCUUUCGCGUUGAUGUUGUGAUGCGCUGUUUGGCGCUUUAAUAUUUACGUUGAAGGAGCUUAAUUCAUUAAAUUUUUGAUGAAACAGUGAAUAAAAUAUGAAAAUGCCGGCGUUUUUGAAGUAUAUAGACAUGGAGAAUUUCAAGUCCUACCGGGGCCAUCACCGGAUAGGACCUCUGAAGUCCUUCACUGCUGUUGUAGGUCCCAAUGGCUCAGGAAAAUCAAAUUUUAUGGAUGCUGUGAGUUUUGUGAUGGGUGAGAAGACUUCCUUGCUCCGUGUGAAGCGCCUCAGUGACCUGAUCCACGGCGCCUCCAUCAACAAGCCAGUGUCACGCUGUGCGUCUGUGACGGCCACAUUUGUACUGGAAGACAUGACUGAGAAGCAGUUCAUGCGGUCUGUGGUGGGACAGUCAUCCGAGCACAAAAUUGAUGGACAGUCGGUGUCGGUGAGCAGCUACCUGGGCGAGCUGGAGAAGCUGGGCAUCAACGUGAAGGCCAAGAACUUCCUGGUGUUCCAGGGCGCCGUCGAGAGCAUCGCCAUGAAGAACCCCAAAGAGAGAACUGCCCUGUUUGAAGAGAUCAGUGGGUCGGGCGUGCUAAAGGAGCAGUACGAGGCGUGCCGCGCGGAGGUGAACCGCGCCGACGAGGAGGCGCAAUUCUCGUACCAGAAGAAGAAGGGCGUGGCGGCCGAGCGCAAGGAGGCCAAGUUCGAGAAGGAGGAGGCCGAGAAAUACACGCGCCUUAAGCAGGAGCUGCAAGAACAAAAGGUGGAGCUCCAGCUGUUCCACCUGUACCACAACGAGAAAGAGAUCCAGGGCUACGAGGAGGAGCUUCAACACAAGCAGGCCGAACUGGCCAAGGCCGAGAAGCGGCGCGCCAAGCAAGACGACGCGCUCAAGGACAAGAAGAAAGAGGCGGGAGCCGUGCAGCGCGAGCUCGCCAAGAUCGACCAGGACAUCCGCGAAGUGGAAGCGGAGAUAUCCAAGAAGCGGCCGACGUUCAUCAAGGCGAAGGAGCGCGUCACGCACACGCAGAAGAAGUUGGAGAGCGCGAUCAAGACUCUGGAGCAGGCGCGGAAGGCGCACGAGGCGCACCAGGCCGACAUCCGCAAGCUGGAGGACGAGCUGCGAGAGGUCGAGGAGCAGAAGGCCGCCUGGGAGCACACCGCCGGCGCCGGCACCGCGCGCCGCGCCGACGUGCACCUGGAGGAGGCGCAGGUACACCCGGGGGCGCAGGCCCGCAGCAUGCAGCAGCAGGAGGCCGCCUGGGAGCACACCGCCGGCGCCGGCACCGCGCGCCGCGCCGACGUGCACCUGGAGGAGGCGCAGGUACACCCGGGGGCGCAGGCCCGCAGCAUGCAGCAGCAGGAGGCCGCCUGGGAGCACACCGCCGGCGCCGGCACCGCGCGCCGCGCCGACGUGCACCUGGAGGAGGCGCAGGUACACCCGGGGGCGCAGGCCCGCAGCAUGCAGCAGCAGGAGGCCGCCUGGGAGCACACCGCCGGCGCCGGCACCGCGCGCCGCGCCGACGUGCACCUGGAGGAGGCGCAGGUACACCCGGGGGCGCAGGCCCGCAGCAUGCAGCAGCAGGAGGCCGCCUGGGAGCACACCGCCGGCGCCGGCACCGCGCGCCGCGCCGACGUGCACCUGGAGGAGGCGCAGGUACACCCGGGGGCGCAGGCCCGCAGCAUGCAGCAGCAGGAGGCCGCCUGGGAGCACACCGCCGGCGCCGGCACCGCGCGCCGCGCCGACGUGCACCUGGAGGAGGCGCAGGUACACCCGGGGGCGCAGGCCCGCAGCAUGCAGCAGCAGGAGGCCGCCUGGGAGCACACCGCCGGCGCCGGCACCGCGCGCCGCGCCGACGUGCACCUGGAGGAGGCGCAGGUACACCCGGGGGCGCAGGCCCGCAGCAUGCAGCAGCAGGAGGCCGCCUGGGAGCACACCGCCGGCGCCGGCACCGCGCGCCGCGCCGACGUGCACCUGGAGGAGGCGCAGGUACACCCGGGGGCGCAGGCCCGCAGCAUGCAGCAGCAGGAGGCCGCCUGGGAGCACACCGCCGGCGCCGGCACCGCGCGCCGCGCCGACGUGCACCUGGAGGAGGCGCAGAUCCGCGAGUACGAGGAGCUGAAGAUGGAGGCGUCGCGGCAGGCGGCGCGCUACCUGCAGGAGCUGGACUCCGUGAACCGCGAGCAGAAGGCCGACCAGGACCGCCUGGACAACGAGCUGCGCCGCAAGGGCGAGUUCGAGAACAAGCAUCGACAGAAGGGUCAUGAACGUAACGAAGCUAUGAAGAGGGUGGAAAAACUAAACGAGCACAUCAAGAGCUCGGAGCAAGCGUUGGAAGAGCAGCGGCGGUUGAGAGCUGAACUACAGGCCGACGUGGGCGAGUGCCGCGGGCGCGCGGCCGAGUUGCAGGCGCAGCUGGAGGACGUGGCGGGGCAGCUGGGCGACGCGCGCGUCGACAAGCACGAGGAGGCGCGCCGCCGCAAGAAGCAGGAGAUCGUCGAGAGCUUCAAGCGGGACAUCCCCGGCGUGUACGACCGCAUGAUCAACAUGUGCCAGCCGACGCACAAGCGUUACAAUGUGGCCAUCACCAAGGUGCUGGGCAAGUACAUGGAAGCCAUCGUCGUGGACACCGAGAAGACGGCGCGCCGCUGCAUCCAGGUCCUCAAGGAGCGAAUGCUGGAGCCCGAGACCUUCCUGCCGCUCGACUACAUCCAGGCCAAGCCGCUGCGGGAGAGGCUCAGGGACAUCAAAGAGCCGAAGAACGUAAAGCUGCUGUUCGACGUGCUGCGCUUCGAGCCGCCAGCCAUCCACCGCGCCGUGCUGUUCGUGACCAACAACGCGCUGGUCUGCGAGACGCCCGAGGACGCCUCGCGCGUGGCCUACGACCUCGACCGCAUCAAGAACUCGCGCUACGACGCGCUAGCUCUGGACGGCACGUUCUACCAGAAGUCCGGCAUCAUCUCGGGUGGCUCCUUGGACUUGGCCCGCAAGGCCAAGCGCUGGGACGAGAAGCACCUUUCACAGUUGAAGGCUAAGAAGGAAAAACUGACAGAAGAACUUCGCGAGUCGAUGAAGAAAUCGCGUAAGGAGUCGGAGCUGACGACGGUAGACUCACAGAUCCGCGGUCUCGAGUCGCGUCUCAAGUACGCCAUCACCGACCGCGACACCACGUUGAAACAAAUAAAAGCUCUCGACGCGGAGCUUGCAGAGCUUGAAAGGAAAAUGGAUAAUUUUGGUCCGCAAAUCGAGAGCAUCGAGCACACGAUCCUGGAGCGCGACGCCAAGAUCCAGCAGGUCAAGGAGAACAUGAACAACGUCGAGGACGUCGUCUUCCGCGGCUUCUGCAGGGACAUCGGCGUCGCCAACAUCCGGCAGUACGAGGAGCGCGAGCUGCGCGCGCAGCAGGAGCGCGCCAAGCGCCGCAUGGAGUUCGAGGCGCACAUCGACCGCAUCGCCUCCAACCUCGAGUUCGAGCGCUCGCGCGACACGCAGAAGAACGUGACUCGCUGGGAGCGCACGGUGCAGGACGGCGAGGACGAGCUGGAGGCCGGACGCCAGGCCGAGGCCAAGCAGCGCCAGGACAUCGACCGCGAGCUCAAGCGCGCCGACGCCCUCAAGGCCGACCGCGCCGCCGCGCGCGCGCGCUCCCAGGCCGCCGACGACGCGCUCGAGAAGGCGCGUAAAGAGGUGCAGACGCUGCAAAAGGAAGUGGCCGGUAUUCAGAAGCAGAUCGCCGCCACUGAGGCGCGCAUCGAGAGCAAGCGCUCCGACCGACACAACAUCCUGCGGCAGUGCAAGAUCGACGACAUAAUGAUCCCGCUGCUGGAGGGCAGCCUGGACGACACGGCCGACCAGGAGUCCGAGCCCUCCUCCGCCUCCACCACGCAGCAGUACAACCGCGACUCCAGGAUCCGCGUGAACUACCGCUCGCUGCCGGAGAGCCUGAAGGACCUGGAGGAGCCCGACGAGAUCAAGCGCAAGGCCGACAAGCUGCAGAAGGCCAUCAACGCGCUUCAGAACACCGUCGACAAGAUACAGGCGCCCAACAUGAGGGCGAUGCAGAAGCUCAACGAGGUGCGCGAGAAAGUGAGCGCCACCAACGAGGCUUUCGUCGUGGCGCGGAAGCGCGCGCACAAGGCCAAGCUUGCCUUCGAGAAGGUAAAGAAGGAGCGACACGACAAGUUCAUAGAUUGCUUCGAGCACGUGGCCAACGAGAUAGAUGCCAUCUACAAGGCGCUGGCCAUGAACCAGUCGGCGCAGGCGUUCCUGGGGCCCGAGAACCCGGAAGAGCCGUACCUGGACGGCAUCAACUACAACUGCGUGGCGCCCGGCAAGCGCUUCCAGCCCAUGUCCAACCUCUCCGGCGGAGAGAAGACCGUCGCCGCGCUCGCGCUGCUCUUCGCCAUACACAGUUAUCAACCGGCGCCAUUCUUCCUUCUCGACGAGAUCGACGCGGCGUUGGACAACACCAACAUCGGCAAGGUGGCGUCGUAUAUUCGCUCCAAGCGCGGCAGCCUUCAGACCAUCGUCAUCUCGCUCAAGGAGGAGUUCUACGGCUGCGCCGACGCGCUCGUCGGGAUAUGCUCAGAGCCUGCGGACUGCCUCGUGAGUGACGUCAUCACCCUCAGCCUGGAGAACUACGACGACUGAACCAUAGGAUAGAAAUAAAUUAAUUUUAACAUGAAUUUUACAAUAAUAUUACGAAUACGAUUAGUGCAUUCCCGUCGACUUCAUUCAUCCCGUCGACACCAUUAAUUGUUAAGUUUCUGACAUACAAUCUAAUGACGUUUGUAA